UUAGCGCGGAGUUUGUUGUUGGCGGAAAAGCUUCAACCUGAAAGUGUGAACACUUAUUUUUUCUGUGAAUUGACUGAGGGACAAUUAUAUAAGUUUUAGCAGAUGGAGCAUUAGCUCAUGACUGUAUGGCGCGUUUAUGAAAUGUUAAUUUGAGAAGCUGUUUCACUUUACGACCAACUAAAGCGAUGGAGUUGUCUACUGUCUGCACUGAAGGCAUCAGCACAGACGGAUGUGUUAUUAAAUCUGACAGGAGUCACAGGAGAAGCAAAGUCCCAAGGGAUGUGGAGAUGGACAUUGAGUUCCUCUACAAAGCUGUUCCUCAGCUGGCCAAGGUUUUCCGCAUCAUAGACAAAAUCGGAGAAGGUACGUUCAGCUCGGUAUAUUUGGGUGAGGCUCAGAUGCGGGACGGUAGGAGAGAGAUGUUUGCCCUGAAGCACCUCAUCCCAACCAGCCAUCCUACACGCAUCGCUGCUGAGCUUCAAUGUCUCACUGUUGCUGGAGGCAGCGAGAAUGUAAUGGGGGUGACUUACUGCUUCAGGAAGGAGGACCAUGUGGUGAUUGUCAUGCCCUAUAUGGAGCAUCAAGCUAUUGUGGACAUCAUUGGCUCAUUGAGCUUUGAAGAGGUCCGUCUGUACAUCUAUCACCUGUUGAAGGCCCUGAGGCACAUCCACCAGUUUGGAAUCAUUCACAGAGACAUCAAACCAAACAAUUUCCUUUACAACAGUAGAACCAAAAUGUAUGCACUGGUGGACUUCGGCCUGGCUCAGGGCACUGCAGACACCCAGAUUGAGCUGCUGAAGGUGGUGAGGCAGAGGCCAUCGCACAAAGGUGGCGGGUCCACAGGGAAACAAGACACGACACAGCGGAGCAAAGCACUACCUAGACUCCCCCCCAAAACCACCACCACAGCCUCAACCUCGUUGCCUCUGCCUCCACGGCAGUCCACAACCGUGCCACCUUCCUCCUCCUCUUCCACGUCAUCUUCCUCAGCUUCUCGGAAAGCACUGAUCAAAAAAACACGUUCUGUCACCACCGCUGUCACCACCUCCAAUUCUCGCACAAAGCACACAAAGGAUUUGACAGGACUACGCAAAGUGGCACGGCCUGUGUUUGGAGAGAGGAACCUGAACAGCUGCACUCCUGCUCCAUCCACCACCAAACAAACUGCCAUUAAGACACAGCUGGUGAAGCCCGGCAAAGCAGAGGACCCAGCCAGCCGGAAGUACUCUUCAGCCAGUCGGGGCCCGCUCCCUGUCAGGACCCAGAGCAGCAGUCAGAAACCUCCAAGGACUGUGCAGCAGGUCCUCACUUGUAACUGCUACCUGACUGACCGUGUCUGCAACAUCUGCAUGUCCAGGAAGCAGCAGGUGGCUCCCAGGGCUGGAACACCAGGCUUCAGAGCACCAGAAGUCCUCACAAAGUGUCCCAACCAAGGAACAGCCAUAGACGUGUGGUCAGCUGGCGUGAUCCUGCUCUCACUGCUCAGUGGCCGUUACCCGUUCUUCAAAGCCAGUGAUGACCUGAUCGCCCUCACUCAGAUCAUGACCAUACGGGGCUCCAGAGAGACCAUCCAGGCUGCCAAGGCAUUUGGUAAGGCGGUGGUGUGCAGUCGGGAGCUGCCUCGGCAGGACCUCAGGACGCUGUGUGAGACGCUGAGAGGACAGAGGCUGUCACCAGAUGAAAUCACACCACUUCCAGAAGCCAACAAAGACUCCACCGCCACCCAUCGUCACAAGAUCCAAGAUGACACGCCUACACAUCGUUCCACUGAAGGAACAUUCAAGCAACACAAUGAUGGAGCAGGUGACACUCCUUCUUCUCUCUCAUCUGCUCUCCCAAAACAUGAACAUUCAAGGAGCACAGAAACCACUGGCCUCACUAAACAGAGCUCAGAGACAGACUGCAAGGUGGAAGAUGAUGAGCGAGGCUGGGACAGAGUUCCUGAUGAGGCCUACAACCUGCUGGACCGGCUGCUGGACCUGGACCCUGCCACUAGGAUCACAGCUGCUCAGGCCCUGCAGCACCCACUGUUCAAAGACCUGUGAAACCAGACCAGGAGGCUCACGUCAACAUAACUGAACUGACAGCAUCCUAGGCUUUGGUUCAGAUUGAAUAAACUGGUCUGCAAAGACAAAAGGAUGAGAUACUUUAUGUAUUUAUCUUAGAAGUUGUAACCCAGCAGAGCAGUCAGUCUGUCCCCUCGUGAGAAAGUAUUCUGCUGUACACAGGAUCAGACGUUUACAUCCCUGUGUGGAGAAAUCACCUGAACCAGAGAAUAGAAGUCUGGUACAUUUCUGUAAGGGGAGAAGUUGUCUUUCAUUGUUCUCUCCAUCAGACACUGUUAUAUACUUCAUUUAUUUUAAUAUUAGUAGCCAUUCAAGACAGGUUUGACUUCCUGUUCACAGACCUCCAGUUAAGAGUUAAAAUCUGUUUUUGUUUUUUUUGUUUGUCUUUCAUGGCAGCUGUACUUUGAGAAUGGGCAUUUUAAAGGGGGUGUAGAUGUGCAUUAGCGAUAACGAGACAGGAAAAGUAUUGACUUAAGACAUUAUAUUGGCUGUUGUGUCAGUAGUUGGACAGGUUUACAAAAUCUGUAAAACAAUCCAGCUACAAGCUGUCUGGUAAAAUAAAUAUUUGACCCUGAAGGUCUCUGAUCUCUGAAGAAUCAGCUUAACUGCAGUUGAGUAUAUGGCUUUUUAAUUUGAUGUUCUGUACUUUUAUACUUUGUAGACCAAAAGAGAAAAAUACCAAACUUAAGGAGUCUUGCCAUUAUGUUGUCUACCUGCUGUAGACUUGACAGAUGCCCCAAGCAAAGAUUAGCCUUUUUUAUAGCUCCAAGAAAACCUUGUAUUUAACACAUCUUAAGAACGUGAAAUAUUAUUGUCGUCUGAACUGAGUCUUGUCAAGAGGGAAUAGUCUGUAUGUCCGCUGUCGUAACGCCGUAUUACCGCUUUAUGAAGUGACUAUUCCUACAGUAUGUAACAGCUUUAAAAUUGAAGGUGCACAUGAAUUCCAUCUGUAUUUUAUGAACGAGUGUAUGAUAGCUGCUGUGUGAGAAUAUGUCUGUGUCAGUUGUGUUAAUUUAUAACACUGAAAAAGUCAAGUCUGCCUUACUCUAUUUGAAUUUUCUAAUAAACUGAAAAAUGAA